AUGUACGAAAUAAUCAAUUCUAUUGGAUAUAGUCUCCUGUUCAUAUUUGGUCUUUAUAUUGCUGGAGGAAAGUUCCCAAGAGAUCAUCCAGAGACAAUCAAGAGAAGAGUUAUAUCCGUCUUUGUGACUGGCACUAUUUCCAUGAUUCAUGUGUUGACUUUCAUCCAUCUCCCUGAGCGUCCUGUGUUUCAGCUAUCCUCUUAUGAGUUCGGAAAAGUCUUUCUUAGAUUAGAUGGACUUCUGGAAGCUAUCGUCAUUUCUGUUACUCUUACUCUGGUUUUGUAUUUCGGAGUUAUCUUAGAUGACAUAUGCUGUGGAUAUAUAUCAGCCCUUUUCGAUGCUGAAUAUUGGAAAAGUCGAGUACUGAAUUGGAUGGGUUUACGAAAUUUCAUCAUAGCUCCAAUGUUUGAAGAAUUUGUCUUCCGUGCUUGUAUUACAUUUCAUUUACGGCCUCUAUUCUCUUCGUGUAUUAUGCUUUGCUUUGUUAGUACACUAUUUUUCUCUCUAGCGCAUCUUCAUCACAUCUCUGAAUCAAUUCGAAAUGGUCAAGAUUUUCAAUCUGCAUUUAAAAGUUCACUUUUUCAAGUAUUCUACACAACUUUAUUCGGUAUGUACUCUGGUUUCCUAAUGCUGAGAACUGGUAAUAUUGCCGCCAGUAUUGUAACGCAUUCCCUGUGCAAUUUCUUCGGUUUACCAGAUCCAAUAGGUGCUAUUGAAAGAGGAAAAUAUCAUUGGGGUUUAUUGGGUCAAAUCAUAGCAGUUGUAACCCACCUUUUAGGAUUAUUUUUAUGGGCAUAUUUAUUAUUUCAGUUAACGGAAACUAAAUGGUCUUUUUUAAAUGAUUUUAGAGAAUUCAGUCUAGUAGCUAAGAGUCAAGGAAACAUAAAAAUUACACUUAAAUCCAAGCCUUAUGUGUUAGCCUGUCUAUCAGAUAAUUCAUUGGCUGAUGAAUCAUGUAUAGCUGAAUUAGAAUUUGCCGCCAACUAUGUGGAUUGUACAUAUUUUAUUCUACGUGUUAUAAAUACAGAAAUGUCAAUGAUUAAACAACAAUCAAAAAUCAUGUCUGAUAAUUAUUCCAAGAAUGUACUGUCUAUAUUUGAUCUAUUACUUAAACCAGAGAAAAAGUUAUCCGGAUUUUUAGGAAAUACACCAGAACCAAAAACUGAUUUGGCUCGCUACUGUAAAUUUUCACAUUUACGACAUUAUUUUACUCAAGUGUGGAAAUCAUUCUUAAACAAUGAUUUAUCCGAUGAUACACGCGUAAAUGCAGUUCGAAUUUUAGGCGAUGGACAUAUAAAUCGUCUUAGUGAAAUUCGUCUACUAGCUGAUUAUAUUCUACCAAUUUUCGAUCCUGAUCCAGAAAAUAAGCUACCUGAAUCAGAAGCGAUAAAAUUUCCAACGAGUUGGUCACGUGCAGUUGCUCAUACAGUCCUUGGGCUGAUUGCUAGAGGAGAUUUAAAUUAUCCACGUUUAUAUAUCAGACUGUAUCGUUUAUUGGAUGAAAGUCUGUUCCAAUGUCCAAAUGCUAAACAAUUUUUAAUUACUUUAGAUAUAUAUUUAAGUUCAAUGCAUUUAGCUACAUCAGUUGUUGCUUCUUUUAUAAAACGAUUAUCCCAGUUAUCCUUGUUCAGUCCACCGGUAUUAACACCUGCCAUCCUUUUAAUCAUCUCAAAUUGUUUAAAACGUCAUUCUCAAUGUCGGGUUUUAAUUAACUAUAGACCAAAACGUUCGCAGGUAGUAAAUAACACACAGGCUGAUCAUGAUGGUGAGGAUGCUGAUGGUAAUGUUGAUGAGAACUCGAAGAACACCUCAAUGGAUGUACAGUCAAUUGGUGAUCCGUACAACUGGGAAGCAGAAACCUUUGAAACAUCUAAAGCAUUAGAUAGUAGUCUAUGGGAAGUAUCUGCUCUGACUGGUCACUAUUCACCGAGUAUCUCAGAGUUAGCAAAGAAAAUUUGUAAUCCUGAUCCAUUGGAUUCAAGUGUUAUUUCUGUAUCUGAUAUAAUUGAUAAAGAGGUGCAGGCUAUGAAGAAAACAAAGAAAUCUGUGAAGGAAGCGAUGUAUAUAUUAUCACAAACAAAUAUGACUAUGCCAGAAUUACCACCUCUUGAUGGUUGGGUGUAA